AUGGGAAACAUUUGUCGGUAAAAUCCAAUUAAUGAUAAAAAUGAUUUAGAGGUUCCUAUAUCUUAACCUCCUCCAGUUUAAUAAAUGCAGCCUCCAAAACCUGAGGAAAUAAAGACUCAAGCACCAGAAAAAUAGGAAGAACCAGUUGAAUAAAUAGAUUAAGCAAAAUUAGAGAACGAAGUAAUAAUAUGAUUUUAUAUGAAAUAGCCAAAAAGAAAAGAAUAAAAGAAGAUGGGAAAGAUAGCUGCAGUAAUAGAUCAAGAAGUCAUUUAUGAGAAUGUUCAAAAGUAAGAGAAAGUGAAAAGUCCAUUAGAUUAUUAAUUACUUUUGAAUGCAUUUGGAAAUAGUUUUAUUUUUGGAUAAUUAUAACCAGAAGACAAGUAUAAAAAAUAUUAUUAACAAGUUAAGAGUAAAAGUGAUUGAUAAAAUGUUUUUUUGCACAGUUCAUGAUGGUGAAAUGGUUUUUAAGCAAGGAGAUAAGGCAAGUUCAUACUUUUUAAUAGAACGUGGAUAAUGUUAGAUAAUAAUUAAUAAUGAAGUGAAGAAAACAUUGAAAAGUGGUGAAGCAUUUGGAGAAUUAGCUUUAUUAUAUAAUGCACCAAGAUCAGCAUCAGUUAAAGCAAUAGGAGGUAUUAUAAAAUUAAUUUUAGAUUGUGCAUUUUGGGCAAUUGAUAGAAAUACUGUAAGAAAAGCUAUCGAAUCAAUUUCACAAAAAGAUUACGAUUAAAAUAAGGAAUUCAUAAACAAAGUGUAGUUUUUCGGUAAAAAAAUUUAAUUAAUAAAUAAGAAUCAUUAACUGAAGAUUAGAAGGCAGCGAUUCCAUCAGCAUUAAUAAACUUGAAUUUUAAAGCUGGAGAGAUAAUAGUGAAUGAAGGAGAUUAGGCUGAUUCAUUUUUUAUAAUAAAAAAGGGAGAAAUUUAAAUAUCUAGAGGAGGGAAAGAAAUAAGAAUUAUGAAAGCAGGAGAUUCUUUAGGAGAAUAAGCUUUAUCAUAAAAUUCUGUAAGAGGUGCAACAGCAAAAGCAAUAUAAGAAGAUGUGAUAGUUUUAGCAUUAGCAAGAGAUGAUUUAACAAGAAUAUUAGGAGAUAAGAUACAGUCUAUUAUGUAUAGUAAUCUUUAGAGAUGGGCAUUUGAAAGACAUGUAGUUCUUAAUAAAUUGACUAAAUUAUAAGUUGAAAGGAUUGUGAGUAAUAUGUCACAUUCUUAAAAGAAGAGUGAAGAAAUUAUAGUAGAGAAAGGAUUACCAUGUAGAGAAAUCAUUAUUGUACUGUAAGGAUCAAUUAAAUAUGGUAAAGAAGUUUUAGAGAAAGGAUAAAUGUUUGGAGAUAAAUUCUUGGAUUAAGGAGAAAAUGUAAAGUUAGGAGAAGCUGUAAUAAUGAAAGAUGAAGGAAUUAUUGCAACUAUUACUUUUAAAUAAUUCUUUGAAAUUAUUGGAGGAUCUUUAGAAUAAAUAUUUGCAAAGAAUGAAAAAGCACAUGAUAGAUUUAUAAAAAAGGAAGAAGGAUAAAAAUAAGAUGUUUAUAAACAUUUUUAAUUGGAUUAAUUAAUUUAUGUUAAAAAAUUAGGUUAAGGAUAAUUUGGUAAUGUGUAUUUAGUACAUAACAAAUUAGAUAAAAAGACAUAUGCUUUAAAAUGUAUUUCUAAAGCUUAAAUUAUUGAAUAAAAUCUAGAAAAACAUUUAGCUUAAGAAAAAAUAGCAUUGGAAACUGUUAAUUUUCCAUUGAUUAUGCAUUUUGCAAGAAGUUUUAAAGAUUUUUCUUAUAUUUAUUUCUUAGAAGAAUAUAUUAGAGGAAUGGAAUUAUUUGAUGUAAUAAGAGAUAUAGGUUUGCUUAAUACUUAUGAUUCAUAAUUUUAUAUUGGAUCAUUAAUUUUAUGUAUGGAAUAUUUACACUUAAAUAAUAUCAUUUAUAGAGAUAUUAAACCAGAAAAUAUAAUGAUUGAUGAAAAAGUAUUAUACAAAAAAUAAAUAUAUUAGGGAUAUAUGAAAUUAAUUGAUUUAGGAACAGCUAAGAAUUUAAAAAGUAAAAAUGGUAGAACAUAUACAAUUAUCGGAACACCACAUUACAUGGCUCCUGAAAUUUUAACUGGUAAAGGAUAUACAUACUCAGUUGAUCUAUGGUCUAUAGGAAUAUGUUUAUUUGAGUUUAUGUGUGGAAAUGUACCAUAUGCUGAAGAUGCAGAUGAUCCGUAUUUUUAUUUUAUCAAUCAUUUUAUUAGAUAUGAAAUAUAUGAAGAAAUCUAAAAGAAAUAGUUAACAUUCCCAUCAGUAUUGAAAGAUAGAAAAGCAAAAAAAUUAAUUGAACAAUUACUUAGCAAAACUCCAGAACUCAGACUUGGAUCAUCUUAUGCCAGUUUAAAAAACAAUCCAUUUUUCGAAAGAUUUGAUUAUGUUAAAUUUAAAUUAUUAUAUUAGGACCUUUUAAUUAACAGAGAAUUGAAACCACCUUAUAUGCCACCUAAAAACAAAUUACAUAGUGAUAAAGAUAUUUAAAAAGCUAUUCAGGUUGGCAAAUUGAUCACCGAAGAAAUUAAAGUAUAUUUUAAUUUAUAUAAUAGAAUGAUCUUGCAACUAAUUAGAAUGUUUACAAACCUGAUAAGGCUCGUGAUCCUAAUUGGGAUAAGGAAUAUUGA